AUGGGUCCGAACCUGGAAUGUCGAAUGUACGAAGCCAAGUACCCGGAGGUGGACAUGGCGGUGAUGAUACAGGUCAAGAACAUCGCCGACAUGGGUGCCUACGUGUCGCUUCUGGAGUACAACAACAUCGAGGGCAUGAUCUUGUUCUCGGAGCUCUCCCGGCGUCGGAUUCGGAGCGUCAGCAGCCUCAUCAAGGUGGGGCGCAUUGAGCCCGUCAUGGUCCUCCGUGUCGACAAGGAGAAGGGAUACAUCGAUCUCAGCAAGCGCAGGGUCUCCGAAGAGGACAUCCAGGCCUGCGAGGAGAGGUACAACAAGAGCAAGCUCGUCCACUCCAUCAUGCGCCACGUCGCCGAAACCCUUAGCAUCGAUUUGGAGGACCUCUAUGUUCACAUUGCAUGGCCUUUGUAUCGCAAAUAUGGUCAUGCUUUUGAGGCUUUCAAAAUAAUUGUGACUGAUCCUGAUUCUGUUUUGAAUACCCUCACCCGUGAGAUCAAGGAAGUUGGCCCUGAUGGGAAAGAGGUGACUAAGGUAGUGCCAGCUGUAUCUGAAGAAGUGAAGGAUUCUCUUGUGAAGAAUGUUAGAAGACGGAUGACCCCCCAGCCCUUGAAAAUUAGGGCAGAUAUAGAAAUGAAAUGUUUUCAAUUUGAUGGCGUUCUUCACAUUAAGGAAGCAAUGCGUAAAGCUGAAGCUGCUGGAAACGACGACUGCCCUGUCAAAAUUAAACUUGUUGCUCCUCCACUCUAUGUUCUUACCACUCAGACACUGGACAAGGAUCAAGGGAUAUUGGUUCUCAACAAAGCCAUUACUUCUUGCACUGAAGCAAUAGAGAAACACAAGGGUAAACUUGUGGUUAAGGAGGCGGCUAGAGCAGUGAGUGAACGUGAUGAUAAGUUGCUUGCUGAGCACAUGGCUAAGUUACGCCAAGAUAAUGAGGAGGUCAGUGGUGAUGAAGACAGUGAGGAGGAAGAAGAUACAGGAAUGGGCGAGGUUGAUGUGGAUAAAAGUUCUGGGAUAACAGAGUGA